AUGUCCGCAGGGUGGAGAGCGAGUGUGGAGGAGCGGCUCAGUGCGAGGGCCCAGGACAUACGUGCGCUGUUUGAGGACACAGAAGCGGACUUUGAGGAGGAGCUGCGCCGCGUCAAACGGGAGAACCAGCGGUUACAGCGGCUCUUGGACUCGGCUCUGAGCGCCCUGAGCCCGAGGGUCCUGCUCGUCACGGCCGCUGUCCAGCCCCCCUCUCUGAGCCCUGAUGUGACUCCAAACAUUAAACAAGAACAAAACAUCAGACAGGAGGAGGAACAGCUGCAAGUGUCUGUGCCAGAGUUUGGUGCUGUGAGUGUGAAGACAGAAGAGUCGUCGCAGCUUCAACAAAGAGAAACUGAGCAGAGAGAGGACGUCAAAGCAGAGCCACAUGUCCACAGUGAGGACGCACAGAAGGAGGACAUCAGACCAGAGACUGAAGGAGAGACUGAAGGAGAGACUGAAGGAGAGACUGAAGGAGAGACUGAAGGAGAGACUGAAGGAGAGACAGAGCACUCUUCUGACACUGACAGUGAUGAAGACUGGAGAGCUCCACCCAGCCGUUCACACAUGGACACAGGGUCUGACGAAGACGAGUCUGCGCCAGAGACCAGAGCCACCGUGAAUACUGGAGACACGACAGGAACCGGAGAAGGAGCUGAGGGCAAGAAACACAAGUGUUCUGUUUGUAAAGAGAGAUUUGGGUCUAAAUAUAAACUACAAAUACACCGCAGAGUUCACACAGGAGAGGAACCUUUCAGCUGUUCAGUCUCUGUCCAGCCCCCCUCUCUGAGCCCUGAUGUGACUCCAAACAUUAAACAAGAACAAAACAUCAGACAGGAGGAGGAACAGCUGCAAGUGUCUGUGCCAGAGUUUGGUGCUGUGAGUGUGAAGACAGAAGAGUCGUCGCAGCUUCAACAAAGAGAAACUGAGCAGAGAGAGGACGUCAAAGCAGAGCCACAUGUCCACAGUGAGGACGCACAGAAGGAGGACAUCAGACCAGAGACUGAAGGAGAGACUGAAGGAGAGACUGAAGGAGAGACUGAAGGAGAGACUGAAGAGAGACAGAGCACUCUUCUGACACUGACAGUGAUGAAGACUGGAGAGCUCCACCCAGCCGUUCACACAUGGACACAGGCUGUCCAGCCCCCCUCUCUGAGCCCUGAUGUGACUCCAAACAUUAAACAAGAACAAAACAUCAGACAGGAGGAGGAACAGCUGCAAGUGUCUGUGCCAGAGUUUGGUGCUGUGAGUGUGAAGACAGAAGAGUCGUCGCAGCUUCAACAAAGAGAAACUGAGCAGAGAGAGGACGUCAAAGCAGAGCCACAUGUCCACAGUGAGGGACGCACAGAAGGAGGACAUCAGACCAGAGACUGA